CAAAAAUCGUUCGCUGACGUGCCGGUGGCCGAGUCCAAGAUCGACACCGCUGCGUUCCUCGAGGCCUCGGAAACCUUGGUCAAGCUCUUUGAUUUGUUGGGCUCGUCGGCGUUCAGCGUGGUGCAAAAAGACAUGACCGGCAACAUCGAGAAGGUGCGUGCCAAGCUUUUGGCGGACCCCGCCAACCUGUCCACGUUGCAGGACUUGAUUUUGUCCGAGGCCGACACCAAGUCCAAAAAGGCCACGCAGGGCUUGUUGUGGUUGACCCGGGGCUUGGAGUUCACGGCCCAGGCAAUGCGUGAGACUGUUGACAACCCAUCCAAGGAGAUGACCGUGACGUUCACGGACGCGUACUCCAAGACAUUGUCCAAGUACCACGGCAUGUUGGUGAAGCCCAUCUUCAAAUUGGCCAUGAAGGCGUGUCCCUACAGAAAAGACUUUUUCGAGAAGUUGGGCAGCGACCAGGCCAAGGUCGGUGAGCAGUUGGCCGCGUGGUUGAAGGCCUUGGAGGAGAUAGUGGCGCUCAUCAUGGCCUUUUUUGCGCUGGGCAACUACGGCAAAGGAUUGUAG